AUAUAAGACCGAUGGAAGACAUUUUCUUUUCAGUUAUCUGUUAGUGAUUGAACCAGGACGUACCUAUUUUUUUUUUGUUGUGAAAUAACUUUAACAUGACUUCGUACACGGAUAAGGGUCGAAAACCGGACAACGGUCGGUUUUUGUCUUUCGAUCAUCUCACAUUCUGGGUCUCAAAUGCAAAACAAGCGGCAAGCUAUUACAUCACAAGGUUCGGAUUCGAGCCUCUCGCGUACAGAGGCUUGGAAACUGGCUCCAGAAAGAUCGCCUCGCAUGCCGUCAGGUUAAACAAGAUUGUGUUUGUAUUCGAAGCGCAAUACGAACCGGAAUAUUCCGAUUUAGUCAAAGAGGUUGGAUACCACGGUGACUUUGUCAAAGAUGUGGCGUUUGAAGUUGAGAACCUGGAUUACAUUGUGGAAUACGCGAAAAAGCAAGGAGCUGUCGUUGUUAGAGAUCUUUGGGAGGAAAAGGACGAGUUUGGAGUUGUUAGAAUGGCUACAUUGAAGACGUACGGCGACAACACUCACACAUUAGUGGAUCGAUCUAAAUACAAAGGAUCGUUCUUGCCGGGUUACGUCACUCUCAACAAGGAUCCCAUCAGUAACUUUUUACCUAAAGUUGAAAUAAACUUCGUGGACCAUGUCGUUGGCAAUCAGCCGGACCAAGGCAUGGAGGUUGCUGCCUCGUGGUACGAGAGGUGUCUGCAGUUCCACAGAUUCUGGUCUGUGGACGACAAACAAGUGUGCACGGAGUAUUCCGCGCUACGUUCUAUCGUGAUGGCAAAUUGGGAGGAGAACGUCAAAAUGCCGAUCAAUGAGCCCGCGCCCGGCAAAAAGAAGAGCCAGAUACAGGAGUACGUGGAGUACCACGGGGGCGCUGGGGUGCAGCACAUCGCUAUUAACACUGAAGACAUUAUUACUGCGAUCGAGAACCUUCGAGCGCGCGGUGUAGAAUUUCUGUCCAUACCGUCUGAGUACUACAGGAUAAUAAGAGAGCGUCUGAAAGAGAGUAAAGUUCGCGUCGCCGAGAGCAUUGAUGUACUAGAAAGACUCAACAUCCUCAUAGACUAUGACGACGAUGGAUAUCUAUUGCAGAUAUUCACUAAGAAUACGCAGGACCGACCCACACUUUUCAUUGAGGUUAUACAAAGGAGAAACCAUAAUGGAUUUGGUGCUGGCAACUUUAAAACGCUUUUCGAAUCCAUUGAACUUGAACAAGAAAAACGAGGAAAUCUCUAAUUUUAAUGACAUAAACAUAAUUAAAGCAAAUGGAAACAAAACUGGCAAAUUUUUCAAACCGAUUAUUAUUGGAAACAUGCUUCUGAAUAUUUUAUUCAAAUAUAUGAAAUAGUUUUAAGUUUAUGAAAAAUCCUUAUAAAGGUAUAUACGUUCUUCAAAUUAUUACAAUAUUAACCUUGUAAAAAUAAGACCAGAAA